ACCCUGGCGCACCUCUUACCGGCUCCAGCUAUGUAUAGCAUGCUGGAGACUGAGAUCAAGACGCCGCAGCCCACGCCGGGUAGUGCCGGGGGCAAUCCCGUUCCGGGAAGCAAUGGCAAAAGCAGUAGCGGCGGUGGAGCCAGCAACGGAGCGGGAGCCGGAUCGGACCAGGACCGGGUAAAGCGCCCCAUGAACGCCUUCAUGGUGUGGUCGCGCGGCCAGCGUCGGAAGAUGGCACAGGAGAACCCCAAGAUGCACAACUCCGAGAUCAGCAAGCGCCUCGGGGCCGACUGGAAGUUGCUGAGCGACGCCGAAAAGCGGCCCUUCAUCGACGAGGCCAAGCGACUGCGGGCCGUGCACAUGAAGGAGUAUCCGGAUUACAAAUACCGGCCCCGAAGGAAGACCAAGACUUUGUUGAAGAAGGACAAAUACUCAUUGCCAGGCAAUUUACUGGCCCCAGGCGGGGGCAACGCGGUGAGCAGCCCCGUUGGGGUGGGGCAGAGGAUUGACACGUACGCUCACAUGAACGGCUGGACCAACGGGGCUUACUCACUGAUGCAAGACCAGCUGGGCUACAGCCAGCACCCGGGCAUGAACAGCCCCCAGCUGCAGCAGAUGCACCGUUACGACAUGACGGGCCUGCAGUACAGCCCCAUGAUGUCCACGGCCCAGACUUACAUGAACGCCGCCUCCACCUACAGCAUGUCCCCCGCCGCCUACGGUCAGCAGCCCUCCACGGCCAUGAGCCUGGGCUCUAUGGGCUCCGUGGUGAAAUCGGAGCCCAGCUCGCCGCCUCCUGCCAUCACUUCUCACUCGCAGAGGGCCUGCCUGGGAGACCUGCGAGAUAUGAUCAGCAUGUACCUGCCCCCGGGGGGGGAUGCCACAGACCCUUCCGCCCUGCAGGGCAGCAGGUUACACAGCGUCCACCAGCACUACCAGAGUGCCGGGACUGGCGUGAAUGGUACCGUACCACUAACUCACAUAUAA